AUAAUAUAGAUUUACAUUUUACAUUUUACUUACUGAUACACUAGACAUCCAGGGCCACUAACUUUGUGCCCUCGGCCAUUUGUGUCCUCGGCUUUGCAUCAUAGGAGGAGUCGCGCGCGAUCUUAACAGGGAAUAAGAUUGUUAGUAUAAGAUUCGCUAUGCUCGAGGGGCUUGGCCGGCGCCAGCGGGCCGGCUUGGCACGGGGCCCUAGCAGCUGUGCACUUCAGUGUCCGCAUCUCAUCGGACAAGGACGGAAGCGGCUGAUUGUCCAAGCAAGGGCAGCACGCUAUGAUCGGCGAAAGCCACCGCCGCCCGACUUGCCAUCCCUGCUUUUCGACCAGCGAAUUGUUUAUCUAGGCAUGCCGCUCGUGCCGGCGGUGACGGAGCUCAUGGUGGCUGAGCUGCUCUAUUUGGAGAAGCAGGGCGCGACGUUGCCAAUUGAAAUGCUGAUCAACUCGUCCGGGACAACGCGCCAGGAUGGAGAAAUUCUUUCCUUUGACAGCGAGGGCGUCGCGUUGACCUCCACGAUGGGCUUUGUCAAGAACCCGAUUUCCACUGUUAACAUGGGCCUUGCCGUUGGCUGGUCGUGCGUGGUGCUUUCUUUUGGCCGCAAAGGCUGGCGUAAAAGCCUGCCGCAUUCCCUAGCCAUGAUCCAGCAGCCGCGGGUCCCCCCCACGGGUCAGCGCCAGGCCAUUGAGGUGCACAUCAAGUGGCGGGAGGUGCUAGACUACAAGCGGGAGCUGCUGCGAAUGAUGUCCAUUGGAACUGGGCUGCCUGUUGAUAAGCUGGAUGCGGACAUGCAACGGCCGCUGUACAUGCGGCCACGCGACGCGCUGGAUUACGGCAUUAUUGAUGAGAUCAUUCAGCCCAAUGCGGAGAAGGCGGAGAAGGCCGCUCAGUACUGGAUCAAGAGCGGGCGGGCGGAGAGUGAGGGCCGGCUGGAGCAAUGGCAGGAAUACCUGUCGCUGCAGGAGGAGUAUGCAUUGAAGGAUAGCUUCCGGAAGGUGGUGGCGCAGAACCUUCGUAACGCCUACCGGGAGACGAGUCAGAAGCUGCUGGCAAAUAGCGAGCAGAACAAGGAGCAGCUGGCGACGUUCACUGAACGGUUGGGUGAGGACUUGUUGACUGCGGACGGGGAGGUCCGGUUGCCCUUCAGCCGAGAGGGCAUCCGAAUGGCGGUGCUGAAUGCGGAGCGGUACGCGGAGCGCAACGUGCGGAGACAGGUGGAGGCGAAGGAGGUGGCGGUCCCGGACAACUGGCGUGAUACCAUCCAGCGCCAGGCCGCCGAGGCAGCGCCCUCCGCUUCGGUGCCUACCGCUGUUGACUACGACGCGCUCAUUCGGCGGGUUGAGGCAAUGGGCGAUCAGGAGUUCGCCGGCGUGGAUCUGGACCAGCUGGUCGAGCAGUUCCGAGUACCUGCGUAAGGAAUGGUCGAGGGUAUCCGUAAGUAUAUUUUUUUUGUCUGGGGGCCGAGACUCGGGAGUAUCGUUGGAAAAGGGUCGUUAACAUAGAGUGAUUAAGGGCGGGGGAGGAUCGCGUGCGGAUCGGGUAAGUCCUUUAUGGAACGUGCAAGGAAGGGAAAGGGCAGAGUGAGAAUAUGAAAAUAUGUAGAGAUGCCGCGGUUGCAGUGUUGGGGGUCGCGAAGGCGGUAGGGCAGGUUCUUUAAGUUUCUGACAUACGCCAGUGACGCCACCGGUUUUAGUUACUCGGUGCGAAUUCACUGCUAUACCUGUGGUACAAAUCGUUUUCCUUUUGCACUGACAGAUGUGGUGGGCGGUUAUAUAUAUAUAUGGGGAACAUAGGUUACGAUGUGUAACGUAACGAUAUGCAGUUGUUGGUUAAAUGACAUCGUAAUUUAAAUGUAUCAUGAUUC